CAAUUUUGAUUUUCAAAGAACCAUAGUUUUGAAAAAUGGGAAACUUGAAGAGCCUAUCUCUUUUUCUUUUUCUAGCUAUAGUUUCAAUGUUAGUCGUUGAUUGUGAAGUUUUGCAACCAAACGAUGCCAGAUUUGUAGACGAAAUCUGCAAGCAGACACCUUAUCCUAGUGACUGCGUUCAAUUCCUCCGACAGGACCCUCGAAGCUCCGGUGCAGAUGUCAAAGGCCUAGCAUUGAUCAUGGUGGAUGUAAUCAAAGCCAAAGGCACUAAUACGGUAAACAAAAUCAAACAACUUCUUAAGGGAAGUACCGGAGAAAAGAAACCAUUGAAUAUAUGUCUUGACAGAUACAAAGGAGUUGUGGAAAUUAAUGUCCCAGAAGCUAUUCUAACUCUGAAAGCUGGAAAAAUUACAAUAGCAGAAGAUAUGGCAGCGGCUACUAGUGAUGAGGCCCAAUAUUGUGAGGUCAUCUUCCAUGGGAAAUCACCACUCACCAUUGAGAAUAAUGGUAUGCAUGUUGCAGCAGAGGUGACAAGACAUAUCAUCAGGCAUUUGUUAUUGAUUUGAGCAAUUGAGUUAAAUCGCAUUAAAAAAAUUUAAUUCAACUAUUAUCGAUUAGGGAAUGGAUCAUGUAUUUUUAAACCCAGUAAUGUAUCCCAACUUAAAAUGUCUUUAA